UCUCAAGCGUUGCAGUCGCUUUCCAUGCGAACUCAAUUCCAAGUCAUCUAAACUCCUUGGCCAACUCCAAUCUCGUGUGUAUAUAUAUUUAGUUUUUGGCCAACAUCUGCGUGUCUGCCUUAGAUUCGCGUGAAAGUGGUCCAAAUCAGUCACAAAUAACCAAGGAUACAGCGUAGAGCCAGUGUUGCAAUUAUCAUAUACUAAUCAAAGAGUCACAGCCUUCAUUAUGUUUCUCACAAAGAGUUCAAGUGCGCGGCACUCGUUGCUGCUGCUUCUGUUGGCCUUUUGCUGCCUCAGCAGUGCCUUAGGAGCCAAGAUAACCAAAAAGGUCGAGAAAACCUCAGAGAAGCCCGAGGCGGAGGCUGAUGAUGUUGCAUCGCCAAUUGAGGAGGAAAAUGAUGGUGAUGACGAGGAAGACGAUGACGACGACGAUGAGGAGGAGGCGGAGGAGCAGGCGGCGGAUGCAGCAGACAAAGAAGCUGCAGCUUCGAGUAACAAGAACCCCAAUGCAGUUCAGGCAGCCACCGAUCCCACAGAUCUCAGUGUCUGGGGCAUGGUUCGCACUCUGUGGGGCUGGCUGCGCAGCGAUCUGAGUGAAAGCCUCUUCGGCGAUGACGACAACGACGACGGGAAGCCUACGUCCGGCAGCUCAGCUGUGGAGGGUCGUACCUUCGGCAAGAUCCGUCGCCUGCAGAUGGCCCUGAUCCCGAUCAUCUUCAAGUUUGGUGUUCUCUCCGCCAUGGUUGCCUUCCUGGUUGCCAUUGGCAUGAAGUCUCUCUUCCUGCUUAAGGUUCUGGUAGUCAUGAAUGCCAUUGCUAUUCUGGGCAAGUUCAUCACCCUGAAGUCGAGCCUCUUUGGACAGUAUGAGCACACGGCCCCUUCCUUCAACUACCCAGGCUGGAAUCCGCAUGCCAAGGAAUCGUGGGGACCCACUGGACUGAGCGGUCAGGGCAAUGGACAUCCACCCAGCAAGGAGAUUCACCUGCACAUCCACGGAAAUGCCCAGACACAAGCUCAGCUAGCUGGUCAGGGUUACCAGUAUGAAUCGCAGUCAGGUGGAUGGGCCAGUCGAUCGGAUCCCUAUGGAGCCUAUGCCCCCACGGGUCAGUUCACCGAUAGCCAACCCGUGGGAGGAGUUGCUGGGGAGGUGCCCAACAACACGGAUCCCAUGUCCCUGCUGCCGACAAAGUAUCGGGCGAGACGCCUGAUCCGCUGAUGGAGAGCUGUUCCGCAUGAUGGGAGUUCCACAUGGAAGUCAACGACCACCGCGUUUAAUUAGCUAGCACACAUUUAGUCAGCGACUUUACGAGGACGCAGCUUUACGUACACCUAAAUCUAGUUACGAGCCUAGUAUUUAAUUAAAUUAUUUGCCCCAAGUAGCCCCUAAAUGAAUGAUAAUUUGUAAUAAAUAGUGUAAUA